CAGGUAUGGCUUCUUCUCCUACUGUCUAUCGCUACUUCUUUUACAAUCGGCCGCCAUCCGGGAAGCUGCGGGAGCCCGGAUCUCUCAAGCUCAGUCUUUUGAUCUGGAGUGGGGGCAUUCAGAAUGGUCCAGCGUUUGACAUACCGUAGGAGGCUAUCCUACAAUACAGCUUCUAACAAAACUAGGCUGUCCCGAACCCCUGGUAAUAGAAUUGUUUACCUUUAUACCAAGAAGGUUGGGAAAGCACCAAAAUCUGCAUGUGGCGUGUGCCCAGGCCGACUCCGUGGAGUUCGUGCUGUGAGACCUAAAGUUCUGAUGAGGUUGUCUAAAACGAAAAAACAUGUCAGCAGGGCCUAUGGUGGAUCCAUGUGUGCUAAAUGUGUCCGUGACAGGAUCAAGCGUGCUUUCCUUAUCGAGGAGCAGAAAAUCGUUGUGAAAGUUUUGAAGGCACAAGCACAGAGUCAGAAAGCUAAAUAAAAGGAUGAAGCUUUUUUUGAGUAAUAAAAGUAAUUAAAAGGCUUGUUCUGCUGUAAUUUGUUAGUA